GAGAAUAAAUAAGUCAAUUGCGUAUUUUUCGAGUAUUGUAGCUACUGCUUACGUUUCUGUUCAUUGUUAAACAAUCUUUCUUUGUUCUCUGUAGAGAAAACAAUCCGUUAUUUUAAGUAUAAUAUGGAUGCACUGACAAAUAUGUGUGUGGAAGAGACGCCUUUUCUGAUCCGAUCGCGCUAGUUGCCACAAUCUUUAGCCAGCGCACUAAGAAUGACAGUGAUACAACAUAAUAUUGGAUUGUUACAAUUGUUCAUUGUGUUGCUUGCAACACAUCCAAAUGUUUCCGCGUCUUCCUUUGCGAUCACAGUGGGAGUAAAAACGCCAUUGAGGGAUCUGAAACAUUUUUGGAAGAGCACAGGGUUCUGCCCUCCUCUUCCCCACACCCAGGCGGACCAGUACGACCUGAGUCGAGAUGAGCAGCUCAAUCUGGCCUAUGUGGGCUCCAUUCCUCAUGGGGGAAUUCAGCAAGUGCGGAUCCACUGGCUACUGGAGCUUAUCACUGCCCAAGUUGUAAAUGGAGUACCCCAUUACAACUUCACUAAGUUGGACCAAAUGAUAGAUCUCCUGUGGCAAAACGGACUUAGACCAGGUUUUGAGCUAAUGGGCAGUGUGUCCAACUACUUCACCGAUUUUGAAGAUAAGAAACAGGUGGUGGAGUGGAGAAACCUGGUUCAUCUUACUGCAAGGAGAUACAUCGAGAAAUAUGGUCUCGGUUAUGUCUCUCAGUGGAACUUUGAAACAUGGAAUGAACCGAACAAUCAUGACUUUGACAACGUCACCAUGUCAAUUCAAGGGUUCCUAAAUUACUACGAUGCCUGCUCUGAGGGACUUAGGGAUGCCAGCCCUGCUUUGCAAUUUGGGGGUCCAGGGGACUCCUGCCAUACGCCCCCCCAUUCCCCCUACUGCUGGGCCAUGCUGGAGCACUGCAGCAAUGGCACCAACCUCUUCACCGGGGAGAAGGGGGUGCGACUGGACUACAUCGCCCUCCACAAAAAGGGUGGGGGUGGGUCCCUUCCCAUCAUGCUGCAGGAGAUUGAGACUGUUAGGGAGAUCCAGGAGCGAUUCCCCCACUUCCGAUCCAAACCAGUGUACAAUGACGAGGCUGAUCCAUUGGUGGGCUGGUCGAAACCCCAGAUGUGGAGGGCAGAUGUGACCUAUGCAGCCAUGGCAGUGAAGGUGAUCUCCCAACAUCAGGACCAGCUCAUGGCUGACCCAAACGGCACCAUUAACUACACCCUGCUGAGCAAUGACAAUGCUUUCCUCAGCUAUCACCCUCACCAGUUCACCCAGCGCACCCUGACCGCCCGCUUCCAGGUCAACAACACCCAGCCUCCCCAUGUGCAGCUGCUGCGGAAGCCCGUUAUGACCACAUUUGGUCUCCUGGCACUGUUAGGAGAAAGACAGGUAUUUUCGCAGGUUUCAGUGGAGGGCAACGUUGAGGAUCACACUGUGGGGGUCCUGGCCAGCACCCAUGAUCCCCUUGUCCCUGGGACCUCGGACAGCUGGCAGUGUACUGUACUGAUCUACAGCAGCCUGGACAACAGGACCUCUGUCUCCGUCAAUAACAUCAGCAUCCAGCUCAAUGGAUUCUCUGGUCAAAAGGGCCUGGUGUAUGUCAUGUACUACCUGGACAACAAUGCCACUAACCCCCAUCAGCUGUGGAAGAGCUUUGGAGGCCCGGAUUUCCCCACGGCAGAGCAGUUCAGGCAGCUGAGGAGCCAGGAGGAUGCCCUGGUGACUGGCCCCUUGCCCUUUCCCUCUGGAGACAGAUUGUCCCUGAAGGUGGCGCUCCCUGUGCCGUCCGUCCUGGUCAUCCACGUGUGUGCCCGGGCCAGUGCUGAGCCUGACCAGGUGAAUGGUUUGCGUUUUAUUACCAUCACCCGAGGGCAAGUUCUGAUCAUUUGGAGUGAUAAUUGUGUCAAUUCCAAAUGUAUAAUAACAUAUGAAGUUGAAUUUUCCAAUGGCCAGAACACGUUUCAAAGAAUAAAUUCUCAAGACACAAUUUUUACAUCGUAUGCAUUUACCCCAGAAAACUUAGAGGUUUAUGGGUUCUAUAGAGUUCGAGCUGUGGAUUACUGGGGAAGACCUGGAGAAUAUUCUGAGAUUAGAAAAUACUCAGAAGAGUGUUGAGCAAUUGAUCCAUACUAAUUCUGCUGUACCUUUUGCCAUCGCCCUUGCCAAAGGUACUUGUAUUAUGUAUUUUUUGUUAUGAGGUGUUAUGAUCAGGUAUAUGCCAGGGAGUCUCAUUGCAAUGUACCAAUUGUGAAAUUGUAUGGGUCACAAAUGAAGUUUUGUAUGUGCAACAACAUUCCUCUCCUGAGCUUAAUUAAAUGAAUAAAAAGGAAAUAAAGUAUAUAUUCAUAAAUAUUCAGAGGACAACCCUCAAAACCUUUUUCAUUAAACUAUUUUCAUUAUCUCUGUUAUUGCUGCGUUCAUCAUGCUUAGGAUAAUUAACUUUGCUUUGCAGUUCAACUGGAGAUUAUUUUUUGUAAUUGCAGUGCCAGUAAUUUUCAGUAAACAGUCAUUUUCCCCC